CGAUCUGGUUGGAAACGAUAUUUGCGUUACAACUAAAAAAUCAAAGGAACCGCACAAACAGCCCAAAGAAAUCGGACCUGCAAAUAUUACAAAAUUUAAUCUGGAACAUUUCAUUCUCUUACUAGAAAAAAAUCCUUCAGAACAAAAAAAAAAGGUUAAUAAAAGGAUGAAUGUUCUAAUUUAUUAUUUGGCCGGAGAUUUGUCAAACGAAAGUUAUAUGAGAUUCCUUGGUCAUAUCAAAGUACAAAAAGAAGAUUUUUCAAUUACUAUGUCAACGUUGAAAUUCGGAAACGUCUUGAAAAUGCUACAUCCAAAAAAACACACUGUUCAAGCCGGAAUUAAUGAGGAAUUCAAGUUGACCUGGCUACAAAACAAAUUAGAGUCUAUUAAAAAUGGGGAACACCUUGAUUCGGCCCUUCUUGCUCAAGCUUGGGAGAAAAGAAUAGGCCCCGAAAGAAAACAUCAUUUAUAUCGUAUAGUUGACGAAUUUUUAGCGGAUCGUAUAAACGAAAUAAGUCUCAUAAAUGUUACUGACCCUAAGGCUGUAUUCAGUCGUAUCAGAGAUAUUUGUGACAAUUAUAAAAAUAAAACAAGAAUAAUAGAAGUAGAAAACGGAAAAACUAUGGCCCGAAAAUUGAGCGACACAAGUAUUAAAACCAAAUCUUCUAAAACAUCUCUAACUUCGGUAAGUUGA